GGAAGCUGUUUGGGGAACUUGAGCUAUUUAGAAGAUGGCAACCAAGCCAACAGAGCCCGUCACGAUCCUCAGCCUUCGGAAGUUGAGCCUGGGGACCGCAGAGCCACAGGUUAAAGAGCCAAAGACGUUCACCGUGGAAGAUGCAGUGGAGACCAUCGGCUUCGGGCGUUUCCACAUUGCCCUCUUUCUGAUCAUGGGCAGUACUGGGGUGGUUGAGGCCAUGGAGAUCAUGUUGAUAGCUGUUGUGUCUCCUGUCAUCCGCUGUGAAUGGCAACUGGAGAAUUGGCAGGUGGCAUUAGUAACCACGAUGGUGUUUUUUGGCUACAUGGUUUUCAGUAUCCUCUUUGGCCUCCUGGCUGACAGAUAUGGCCGCUGGAAGAUUCUGCUCAUCUCGUUCCUGUGGGGAGCCUAUUUCUCCUUGCUGACCUCGUUUGCUCCUUCGUACAUCUGGUUUGUCUUCCUGCGGACGAUGGUGGGCUGUGGUGUGUCUGGCCACUCGCAAGGGUUAAUCAUAAAGACUGAAUUUUUGCCCACGAAAUACCGAGGCUAUAUGUUACCCUUGUCUCAGGUGUUCUGGCUUGCGGGCUCCCUGCUCAUCAUUGGCUUGGCCUCUGUGAUCAUCCCCACCAUCGGGUGGUGCUGGCUCAUUCGCGUUGCCUCCAUCCCGGGCAUCAUCCUCAUCGUGGCCUUCAAGUUUAUUCCUGAAUCUGCCCGGUUCAAUGUCUCCACUGGGAACACUCGGGCUGCCCUGGCCACUCUGGAGCGCAUUGCCAAGAUGAACCGCUCGGUCAUGCCGGAGGGGAAGCUGGUGGAGCCCGUCCUGGAAAAAAGAGGAAGAUUUGCAGACGUAUUGGAUGCUAAAUAUUUACGGACCACAUUACAGAUCUGGGUCAUAUGGCUUGGAAUCUCUUUUGCCUACUAUGGGGUUAUCCUGGCCAGUGCUGAGCUGCUGGAGCGGGACUUGGUCUGUGGUUCAAAGUCAGACUCUGAGGUGGUGGUGACUCGGGGGGACUCAGGGGAGAGCCAGAGCCCCUGCUACUGCCACAUGUUUGCACCCUCUGACUAUCGGACCAUGAUCAUCAGCACCAUCGGUGAAAUUGCUCUGAAUCCUUUAAAUAUACUGGGCAUCAAUUUCCUGGGAAGACGGCUGAGCCUUUCUAUUACCAUGGGAUGCACGGCUUUAUUUUUCCUUCUCCUCAACAUUUGUACUUCAAGUGCCGGCCUGAUUGGCUUCCUCUUCAUGCUGAGGGCUCUGGUAGCUGCAAACUUCAACACCAUCUACAUUUACACAGCUGAGGUCUACCCCACCACGAUGCGCGCUUUGGGGAUGGGAACCAGCGGCUCCCUGUGUCGCAUUGGUGCAAUGGUGGCGCCAUUUAUAUCCCAGGUUCUUAUGAGUGCAUCAAUACUGGGGGCCCUGUGUCUCUUCUCAUCUGUCUGUGUUGUAUGCGCCAUUUCUGCAUUUACUCUCCCAAUCGAAACCAAAGGACGGGCCCUCCAGCAAAUUAAAUGAAGACCUGCAAAGCUAUGUCUACCAGAUGAGAAAAAUGAAUUCUAUCUUCAGAACUGCGGUGCAUUUUUUUAAAACUUGGUUUUACUUCUGUAUGCUACUUGGUAAUUAGUGAAGUGAUUUUUUUUUUAAAGGCAUAUAUGGGAAUGGGGUAGGUAACUGUACAUUGAUCUCUUCCUUGAGGGACAAUAUAUAAAGUACUUUUAUAAAAUAUAAUUUAAGCUUUCAAAGGGGUGUGAGAGGGAGAUGGUGGGGGGAAGAUGGCUUUUCUUCGUUGAAAUCAAGUCUGUAAACCUUUAUAUGAAUAAAUACUAAAUUUUAAACUUA